AUCACGACUAUGUCUGGCGAGACAGCGGUAUCCCUUUCGUAUGACUUGAAGGUGCCCAGCGGAACACAAGCGCCUCAAGGCCUUGCCCCUCAGACGAGCCACUCCUUCCCACUAGCAGACACUAGCGAGAAGGUCGAUCUGAAGACGUACUACGCCGCUUUGCGCAACUCAUUGGCCGCUGCUCGCGAUAAAGCUGGAGAGGAUCUGACGAGAUGGAGGGAUGCCGUUGGACCAGCAGAGGCAAGCAAGGAGGGCGGAAAGAGGGUCAAAGAGGACGAGGACGAAGAUGAAGAGGCUGGGGAGGGUAUGGAUGAAACAUAACAAGAUGAUUCUGUACAGAUGCGCUGAUGAUGUCAUUCAAAGUGCCAACCGACCCCUUCGUCACUGAACUUGAGUCACACGGCUUAACUCAUCUCACACGAGGAGAAAGCUAUAAUGGAUGCGUUCAUUUAUGCUACAGUGCCUUCACAGUGCGGGCUAUGCAAUGUUUAUGAUACAGUUGUGUUAAGC